AGUGGAACCUCAACCCAGCACAUUAUCGUGAUAGAGUCUGCAGAUGCAGAGGCUUCAGGUCCUGGGGUUAAGCAGGAGAGGUCUGAAGGGGAGGACCCACGGCACAGCAGAGACAUCCAGACUGGGGCGGCUGGAGAGCCCCCUGUAGCCAUGGAGGACCCCACAACCGCCCCAGUGCAGCCCAGGACCCAACGCAGCAUCACGGAGGUCAGUGGAACGCUGAACGCCGUCCUCAAGUCAGAGACAGACACCAAGACUUUAACUGAAACACAAAGGCCAGAGAGCCCAGAGAAACUGGGCUGUCCUCCUGCUCCCAGCUCAGAGUAUUUCAUUUACGGUAACCCGAGGACGAUUCAAUCCCAUCAGGACUCGGGUGACUUGUUAGAGACUGGCAAUGAUCCGUCUUGUUCUUACACUACAGAGAUGGACCCUGGCAACAUGCCCUUGGGUUUAGAGACACAAACUGAUCUAUCUAGAGGAGACUGGAACCGGUACAGUAGUAGUGUAUACGCUGAAGGGUGCCUAGAUAAGAAAGGGGAGGGUCUGGUUGUAGAUGAGGUGACUAUGAAAGAGGAGGGCGACAUUUCUCCCACAUGGAAUGCAGAUAGUCACCUAGGAGACGGACUCUCACAGGGAAGAGAUUUCUUAGAUUACAGGGAAAGCUUAGAAACAAAUCCAAAUGUCGCGACCCACUCCCCUUUACACGCGCUCAGGCAUCGUGAACCAGUGUCCACAUCGAUGGGGCCUUCCGAUUCACAUGGUCGCGUCCUUUUCGAUCAGGUAUUGAACUCAAACAACAGGGCGAGAGCCCAGGCUCAUGGAGGGGGAGCCACAUCAGGCAAUAGUAAAGAGAAACGGUUCCUCUGCAUGUUCUGUAACAAAGGCUUCAGCUGUUCCCAGAAGGUGGAGAGGCACCAGAGGGUCCACACAGGGGAGAAACCAUUCAGCUGUACCCAGUGUCACAUGCGCUUCGCCCAGGCAGGCCACCUGAAGAGACACCAGAGGGUCCACACAGGGGAAAAACCCUACAGCUGUACCCAGUGUCACAUGCGCUUCGCCCAGGCUGGUCAGUAG